GAACAGAUGUGAAGACAGGGCUGCCACAUGCACACAAAAUUUUUAGUAUUUUUCCUAGUAUUUCUUAGUGUUGAACAGCGCCACAGGCAACCUCCGCAUCUGGCCACACUGCAGAUUUACUUUGUUGUUGUUUCAACAUGGCAAAGUUCCUGGGCCUCAAUCGGCUGACCAAGCUUUUCCAGAUCGUCCAGGAGUGUGGCGGCCUGAAGCAGGCCUACCUGAAGCUGUACAGAAACGAUGAUCUGAAGAUCGGCACCCUGGUGGGCAUCGACAAGUACGGCAACAAGUACUUCGAGAACCCGUACUACUUUUACGGACGUAAUCGCUGGGUUGAGUUCACUCCCCAUGUGAACAUGGACUACGAUGGCUCCCAGAUUCCCGCCGAGUGGUACGGAUGGAUGCACUAUAAGACCGAUCUUCCACCAAUUCGCGAUGGCUGCAGACCCAAAUACAAGUGGAUUGCGGAUCACAGCGAGAACCUUUCCGGUACCAAGGAGGCCUAUAUGCCCUACACCACCACUCCCCCCAAGGUGGAGGCCUGGGAUCCCUCAGCGAAGAAACAAUAGGAGUUCAAUAGCUUUACAAUAAUAUUAAAAUUCGAGUGCAAAUGGCUGCAAUUAUGUUAAUAAAAUUCAAUUUGUUAACUUA